AUGGAACCUAAACAUGAGUGGCUUUUAUCAAAUCCGGGUUUGUACGAAGGUAUCCAGCUCUAUGUUCCAAGUACUAACAAUGCACUUGAAUCUACUAACAGAACAAUAAAAGAUGAUGGAGCCUUUCGUGAACGUCAUGUUUUAUCCAGAUUUCUGACAACAUCUUCGGAAAUUAUAUCCAAUUGGUCGAUGGAUCGUGAUACAUCAUUUACAAAUUCAAAGUAUUUCACUACAGAACCCACCAUUAGUUUAGCAUUAUGGACUUCAUCAUACGAAUGGGCGAAAUCAAAUAAAAAUUUUAUUUGUAUAAACAAUGAAUCAUCUAAGGUUUAUUAUACUUCAGCUCGAGAUUUAGAUUCAAUUCUUAAAACAGAUUUGGAUAAAUAUAGGAAACAAAAUUUUACCACUUUCAAUCAAUUUAAAAAAUCAUUUGAUAUUUGGUGUUUGGAAGUGGAAAGCGAUUCAACUUGGGAAAAGUCAAGAUGUACCUGUCCGGCAUUUCUCAAAAACUAUAUAUGUAAACAUAUUGUUGGGAUGGGAAUAAGAUUGAAGUAA